GUGGCUUGUGCAACAUUGGUGCCACAUCACACAAACCCUAAACACAAGUUUCAUACUAAUGGAAAUUUUAAAUUUUUAAAUCACCAAAAAAAUAUAUGUAUUGAAUUCGAUAUGUAUGACAUGAAAUCAACUUUGAUAAGUUACGACGUCACAUAAUAUGAAACACCAAUUCAUCUAAUAUUUCAAUUGUGUCGAUCUCUUUCAUAAAUGGACAACAAAUAGAAGAUAGAUAAAAGGAGCAAAUUGAAACUCAAAUUACCAAACAAAUUGAAAUUUCUAACACAAACAAAGUGGUUUAGUUUUAGUCUAUCCUUUUUGAAAAUCAUAAUCCAAUCCACCCUGUUUGGCGGGUUUGUGCGCUGCCCACACCUGCACUCCAUGCACACUAGCCAACGAUUGAUUUCACCACCUUCAUUUCUCUCCAUCGUCAGCCAUCACCCCUCAUUCCUUCUACUCUCCACAAGACUCUUCUCAACUCAACAAGAUGUAUAUCGCGCCAAUCUCAACAUCACAGCCCUCUCACGCGCCGGAAACAUCAAUGCCGCACGCCAACUGUUCGACAAAACGUCUCCAAAAGACAUCGUCACAUGGAACUCCAUGCUCACCGCUUACUGGCAAAACGGCUUUCUAGAACAUUCCAAAACACUCUUCCAUUCCAUGCCAAUCAAAAACGCCGUUUCAUGGAACUCCAUCAUAACUGCCUGCAUUCAAAACGACAAACUCAAUGACGCGUUUAGCUACUUUACAUCAAUGCCGGAGAAAAACACUGCGUCCUACAAUGCUAUGAUGUCGGGUUUUGUGAAAAUGGGACACGUGGUGGAAGCGCAGAAGCUGUUUGAAGAAAUGCCGCGUCCAAAUGUGGUUUCGUAUACUGUGAUGAUUGAUGGGUAUGCCAAGAUGGAAGGUGGAAUUAGGCGUGCGAGGGCGCUUUUCGAUGCAAUGCCAAAUAGGAAUGAGGUUUCGUGGACGGUGAUGAUUAGUGGGCUUGUUGAGAAUGAGUUGUAUGAGGAAGCGUGGGAACUGUUUGUAAGAAUGCCUCUUAAGAAUGUUGUUGCUUGUACUGCUAUGAUUACUGGGUUUUGUAAACAAGGGAAGAUUAAUGAGGCUUGGAACUUGUUUCAACAAAUUCCGUGCAGAGAUUGUGCUUCUUGGAAUAUAAUGAUAACUGGUUAUGCCCAGAAUGGGAGAGGGGAGGAGGCACUAAAUUUAUUUUCACAAAUGGUUAGGACUGGUAUGCAACCUGAUGACUUAACUUUUGUUUCACUUUUUACUGCCUGUGCUAGUCUAGCAUUACUUGACGAAGGAAGACAGACAAAUGCUCUUGUAAUUAAACAUGGCUUUCAUUCGGAUUUGUCUGUGAGUAAUGCCUUGGUUACUAUGUACAGUAAAUGUGGUGAAAUUGUCAAUUCUGAGUUAGCCUUUGGACAAAUUUCUCACCCGGACAUUGUUUCAUGGAAUACCAUCAUUGCUGGAUUUGCACAGCAUGGUCUCUAUGACAGAGCUCGCUACUACUUUGACCAUAUGGUAGCAGUCGGUGUUACUCCUGAUGGCAUAACAUUCCUGAAUUUGCUAUCUGCCUGUUGUCGUUCUGGGAAAGUUGAUGAGACCAUGAAUAUUUUUAACUUGAUGGUUCAUAAUUAUGGUAUUCCGCCAAGGUCUGAACACUAUUCUUGCAUAGUUGAUGUUAUGAGUCGAGCAGGUCAAUUGAAGAGAGCUUGCAAAGUAAUCCAAGAAAUGCCAUUCAAGGCAGAUUCCAGCAUCUGGGGUGCUCUUCUUGUGGGCUGUAAUAUUCAUUCAAACGUGAAAUUGGGGGAACUAGCUGCUGGAAGCAUUUUGAAUUUGGAUCCUUAUAAUUCUGGUGCUUAUGUCAUGAUGUCUAAUAUAUAUGCUGCUGCUGGCAAGUGGAAAGAUGUCAAUAGAGUGAGGUAUCUGAUGAAAGAACAAGGAGUUAAGAAACAAACAGCUUAUAGUUGGAUGCAGAUUGAAAACAAACUCCAUUGUUUUGUUGGAGGGGAUCCAUCACAUCCAAACAUUGAUGAUAUUCAUGAUGCUUUAAGGAGGAUUACAUUACAUAUGAAGGUGAAGGGUAACCCUGAAGAAAAGGCUAUAAGUUAGUUUAAGCAGAUUGUUUUGACUAGUGUGAAUACGGGAUUGAGAGUCAGGGCGAAGAAAAUGUGUUAAAUUUUUAGCUGCGACACUCUAUGCCAAAUUAGCUCUAACCCUGAAAGAUUAAAAGACGGAAUAUAAAAACUCAGGCCAAUUGUUUGAUUUGGUAAUAAGAGGCAAGGAAAAUAUUUAGUGUUGUCAGGAAUGUCAUCCUUGAAAUUGUUAGAAUAUAUAAUAUUCUUGGGUUCCUAACAGAAACUGAUAUACAUGGGGAUGAGAGUUUGAGACAUGCAUUUGAAAGGUUUGAAUGUCCUGACUCCUGAGUCCUGAUGGGCAGCUUCACUGUGAUCAAAUAUUUUGAGACAUACCGGUUCAUUUGUUAUUGGAUGAUAUUCUUAUUAUUCGUUAAAGGAUUAGCUAUCUUCCUACUUAUCAGAUAUCAGAGUUGUAUGUUUGAUAACAUGUAUUAAAAGGUUGAGCAAGGGAACUCCAAUGUAGACACAGAGGUAAAAGUUGAAUGAGCUAGCAUCGACGAUUGCAGUAAAUCAAGAGUAAAUAAUGAUGCAUUUAUCGAAAAGCUUGACUCUGUCCCUGCCGUGAUCAAUGUAAACUCAAUGUUUUUUGGUUGGCACCUUGCUGUCUGUGAGUCAGGUAAGGUAAUAUUUAAUUAUUAUUUUUUAUAAGCAGUGAGGUAAGGUAAUGAAACAGUGUGCUGUGUGGGACUUGGCAUGAAGGAUGUUCCCAUAGUCCAUUUUUGGUGAAGUAUAUUAAAAAGGCAUUUAUAUUAAAGUAUACAAAAAAUAAUGUUCAAAAUAACCAAAGUUUGUGUGUGGGUGGUUGUGUGUGUUAUACUUGGUCAUUGUCCACCAUAUUGAUAUCCUUAAAGCAUAACUUUAUACGCAUAAUGAGCAAAAAUAUUGUAUAAUAUGAAUGAAACCAUUGCUAUUUGCUAAAACUAGUAUGUUUUUAUUAUUAUUAAAAUUGCUAAAAUGUCCUUUUUUACAAUGCUAAAAAGUGCUAUAUAUGUGCAAAAAUAAAAAUAUUCUCAUUGUACUACAUGUAAAACAUUGGAAAAUAAAAAGGAUCCAGGUACGAUGGACCAAGGUUGUGAAA